AACAAAUUCAACUUCAAUGGAAGCUCUACCGAUUUUCGAUCAGCCUCGUUAUCAUUCUUUUCCCAUGUUGAAAUUCCCAUCUUCCUUUUAGCUCCCAGCAAUCUUCCUCUUAUAGCAUCAAUUCAAUCACUACAAAGCUUGCAAUAGCUUUAGCCGAGUUAAGAUGCUGUUAGAAGAGCAAAGGUUCUUGCACGAGGACCUGGAACGCCUCGAGCAGGGCGUCGCGGAUCGAAUUGGCGAUGAGCCUAAACAUAUACGAGACCGUCUGGCGCGAGACCAUCAAAUAGCACAAUUUCUUGACCGUAUAUCGUCGCAAUCUACCAGACUCCUGACCAUCUACCGCGAUGUGGACGGAACAAGAUCGCGCGAGAUCCAACAGAUCGGCAGCGGUGAUCCGAUGGAGGAAUUCUAUAAGCAGCUAGCCGAUAUCAAGAGGUUCCAUACCAAGUAUCCCAACGAACCUGUCGAGAAUCUUGAGCGCGCGUACCGACCUAAAAAAGGACCCGAUGCCGAUUCUGAGCCUAGCAUCGUAGAUACUCUGUUCACCGGCGAGGAAGCAUUUGGCCGUUUCUUUGAUCUACAUAUCUGCCACGAGAUGUACCUCAACCUUCCCAACGCCAAGAGAUUAAGCUAUCUCCAAUACUUGGACUCGUUUGACAACUUCGCGCCUGGUGCCGGCGGGCUAAAGAGAUCCGAGAAGCUGACUGAACAAUACUUCAAAUACGUUAACCAGCUCGCUCUGGAUCUCGAGGCUUUCAUGAGGAAGACGAGGCCAUUGGAAAAUAUCGACAAGGUGAUUACCGACUUCGAUAAAGAAUUUGAUUCUGCUUGGGAGCAGGAUGAAAUUGCGGACUGGAAGGAGGAUGAGAACGGAAAGCCUAGCAGCGCUGCGGCGCAGGCAUCCGCAGCCGAAGCCGUGUGGUGCAGCGACUGCGAGAGAGGAUUCAAGAACGAAAACGUAUAUAAGGGGCACCUUUCGGGCAAGAAACAUGUCAGAGCAGCGGCGGAGCGCGCGCAGAGAUUACAAGGCGGGUUUGAAGAGGAUGGAAGCGAGCCUCACGAUACCAACAAUGGAAAUACAUUGGCGCAACGACUAAAAGAGCGCGCCAUCGCGGAAAGGGAAUUCCGAGUAAAGCGCCUGGCCAGUGCGAUGAGUACCGAACGAAGCGACACAAAAGUGAAUGUCGAGCGAAAGCAAGGUAUGACGGAGCGUGAAAGGCAGCAGGAGCUAGAGAAUUUGUUCAGCGCUACAGCAACUACGUCGAAUCCUAAAGACGCCGAGGAUGGGGAGGACAACGAUGACGAGGAUAAAAUUUACAACCCGCUUAAGCUGCCACUCGCUUGGGAUGGCAAGCCUAUUCCAUUUUGGCUGUACAAACUUCACGGUCUCGGCGUCGAGUUUCCCUGUGAGAUCUGUGGUAACUUUGUGUAUAUGGGGAGGAGAGCUUUCGACAAGCACUUCAACGAGGCGCGUCAUAUAUAUGGCCUGAAAUGUUUAGGAAUCACGAACACGAGCCUCUUCCGAGACAUUAUAGGAAUCGAUGAGGCGUUAAGGUUAUGGGAGAAGAUACAAAAGGAAAAGCGCAAGGACAAGGUGGAUGACGGGAGCGUGGUGCAGAUGGAAGAUGCCGAAGGCAAUGUCAUGCCGGAGAAGGUCUACUACGAUUUGCAGAAGCAGGGUCUAUUGUAA